UACCACACAACAAUACAUCACACAGAUUCGCAUCGCGCGAGAACUGUCUCCUAAACGUGCAGAAAUCAUAUCAGCUUGAUUCAUCAUGUCUUGGAUGGACUCAUGGUCGCGGCCAAAGAAGAAUGCCGCUACUCCUCCUCCGCUAUACCUGACAUCGGACCAAGUGCGCUACUGUCACACAUGUGGCAGAGUUAUUGGUUCCAGAAAAUCGAACUCUGCAAAGACAGCAGCUACAGAAGUAAAGUUCUGCUCGGAAAGAUGCAAGAGACAUAAACUCCGACCAGCAGACAAACGCAUCGAAGCCGCCUUUGCAGCCCUCCUCGACGGCCAAGAUGCUUCCAAAUAUGCCGCUGUACAAGGAGAUUCAGCACCUGGAGACGAAGUCACCAAGACGACCUCUAAUCAAGAUCCUUUUGGCGAGAAACCUCAUGAUAAAUACGAUUACAGCAAGAGCAACAGCAAAAAGAAGCAGCAAAAGGUCAAGGGUGAUCCUCGGAUUCUGGUCACUUGCAGCGAGGUAGAGACUCUGAUUUAUGGCUCUCGCGAAGAUCCGGAAAAGACUUUUGGUCGCAAGAAGAACAGGGCUAGACGAGGUGUCGCUGAUGACGAUGUGUGGAAAAGCAUCGACAUGGUGGACUCAGACACCGACACCGGAACAGCAGAAACGGCUUCUGCAGACGAAGAUGGCUUCGAAAGCCACAGCACGAAAGUUCUUGAUAACAGAGGCGUGCCGCUUGCCAGUGCUCUCGAGGACAACGCAGAUGCAGACGCCGACGUUGUAAAGAUGAAGGGACGCGUCCGACCUCCCCAGUCCGAAUCUGACGUCAAUGGCUCUGUAGGAGGAGAAAAAGGCUGGGCAGAAAAAAUCCACGAGACACCCGAGAUGCUGCAGAAACGUAGGGAGGGGCAGAGAAGAGCAGAGGAAAAGGAAAUGGUCAAGUGUGCUGCUAGGAGAGCUGUGGUGUUCGGUCUGGAGAGCAGCAGAGUGCUUGCUGGAGAGGGCAAGAAGGGAAAGAAGGGAAAGGACGAUGAAGAGGGAGAGCCCAAGCAGGAAGGAAGAAGGAUGUGUGAGGCUGUGAUGCAUAGUGCUGUUGUCGAACCAUCAUAUGCUAAGGGAGACUGGUCCAUUAGAUGGAGAGAAGAGUAGUUCUCGAUUCAUGUCGACUAGAGGGAGACACAAAUACACUAUCGUAUCGAUGUGAGAGUACUGUGGCAUAGCAGACGAUGGUUGUGCAUAGAGUCAUUACUGUUGAAUAUCGAGUAUCGAGAAAUAAUGAUCACGG